AAUAGUCAAAGAUUUAAUUCGUCAAAUAAUAUUUUCAGUGAUCUAUUUAUCAGCUGAAACCAAAUGCAGCUAACCUCACCUCACCUGCGGCCCAGUUGAUGACAUAUUAACCAUAUACAUUUACCAACUUCUAAUCCUGUUUAGCAUCGCUUGUGACGUCUUUAAGCCUCAUUGUUUAUUUAGGGAUGAAUCUAAGGUGUGUGAUUAUUAUGUAUGUGUGAUGAAUGAGGAUGUGUUUUGUGUAGAGGUGAGCAUUUGCAAUCUAAAAUUCUGUGCAGAAAUGAACCCCAUCUGAGUUGCCAAGAUGGGCAGUGGUUCGAUCGACCAAAACUUGUGCUUUAAUAAAGGGCCUGUUUGCUGUAAAGGCAGAAUGCUUUGAGGCACACGGUGAGGGGUUUCCUUCCCUGUAUGCACAGUGCUUAUAUCUUGUUUCUGCAAGGUUAUGUUACAGCGCAUCACUCAAUCAACCAGUUCAAGUUAAGAUCUUUUGCCUCCUUUGAUUUGAAUUAUUUUUAUUUGCUGCUUUCCUGUGAAUUACUUUUGUUUAUUUUUAUUUGUGGCUUCCAUCAAAACCUUUUUUUAAAGAGGAAGAGUGAGGUUGAUUGGAUGAAAUAAGGUAAGAGAAGUGUACACUGUUAGCCACACUGGCUUAAAAAUCUGGAAGAAUAUUUUUGCGGAUAAUUUGUACGAAGAGGCUUGGGCUGAGCAAUAGGAGCUCAUUUCAUUUCUCUGUUCCAGUUCUCAAUUUUGUUUUAAAUUGGACCCACUUGAACUGAUUUAAAGUAAUUGGAACAUUACUAUGAGAAGCAUUGGGUGAGGGCUCAGCUGCUUCAUACUCCAGCUGCUGUGAAUCAUGUUGGAUUAGUCUCAGCAUGGGAGUCCACAAGCACAAAGGUCAGGGCACAAGUUGUUGAACAGCUCUGGACAGGUGCCGUGGUGGUGGGAUGUACAUAGAUACAUAGACAAUAGAUGCAGGAGUAGGCCCUUUGAGCCAGCACCGCCAUUCAAUGUGAUCAAUAGACAAUGGACGCAGGAAUAGGCCAUUCGGCCCGUCGAGCCAGCACCGCCAUUCAAUGUGAUCAUGGCUGAUCAUCCCCAAUCAGUACCCCGUUCCUGCCUUCUCCCCAUAUCCUCUGACUAGAUAGGGCUAUUUUUAAGAGCCCUAUCUAUCUCUCUCUUGAAAGCAUCCAGAGAACCUGCCUCCACUGCCCUCUGAGGCAGAGAAUUCCACAGAUUCACCACUCUCUGUGAGAAAAAGUGUUUCCUCGUCUCCGCUCUAAAUGGCUUAACUCCUUAUUCUUAAACUGUGGCCCCUGGUUCUGGACUCCCCCUAACAUCAGGAACUGCUUCUAGCGUGUCCAAGCCCUUAACAAUCUUAUAUGUUUCAAUGAGAUCCCCUCUCGUCCUUCCAAACUCCAGAGUAUACAAGCCCAGCUGCUUCAUUCUCUCAGCAUAUGACAGUUCCGCCAUCCCCGGAAUUAACUUUGUAAACCUACGCUGCACUCCCUCAAUAGCAACAAUGUCCUUCCUCAAAUUAGGGGACCAAAACUGCACACAAUAUUCCAGGUAUGGACUCACUAGGGCUCUGUACAACUGCAGAAGGACCUCUUUGCUCCUAUAUUCGAUUCCUCUUGUUAUAAAGGCCAACAUGCCAUUUGCUUUCUUCACUGCCUGCUGUACCUGCAUGCUUACUUUCAUAGACUGAUGUACAAGGACCCCCAGAUCCCGUUGUACUUCCCAUUUUCCCAACUUGACGCCAUUUAGAUAGUAAUCUGCCAUCCUGUUUUUGCUACCAAAGUGGAUAACCUCAUAUUUAUCUGCAUUAAACUUCAUCUGCCAUGCAUCUGCGCACUCCCCCAACCUGUCCAAGUCACCCUGCAUUCUCAUAGCAUCCUCCUCACUGUUAAACACUGCCACCCAGCUUUGUGUCAUCUGCAAAUUUGCUAAUGUUACUUUGAAUCCCUUCAUCCAAAUCAUUGAUGUAUAUUGUAAAUAGCUGCGGUCCCAGCACUGAGCCUUGCGGUACCCCACUAGUCACUGCCUGCCAUUCUGAAAGGGACCCGUUAAUCCCUACUCUUUGUUUCCAGUCUGCCAACCACUUCUCUAUCCAUGUCAGCACUCUACCCCAAUACCAUGUGCCCUAAUUUUGCCCACUAAUCUCCUAUGUGUGACCUUAUCAUAUGCUUUCUGAAAGUCCAGGUACACUACAUCCACUGGCUCGCCCUUGUCCAUUUUCCUAGUUACACCUUCAAAAAAUUCCAGAAGAUUAGUCAAGCAUGAUUUCCCCAUCGUAAAUCCAUGCUGACUUGGACCGAUCCUGUUACUGCUAUCCAAAUGUUCGGCUAUCUCAUCUUUUAUAAUUGACUCCAGCAUCUUCCCCACCACCGAUGUCAGGCUAACUGGUCUAUAAUUCCCUGUUUUCUCUCUCCCGCCUUUCUUAAAAAGUGGGAUAACAUUAGGUACCCUCCAAUCCAUAGGAUUUGAUCCUGAGUCUAUAGAACAUUGGAAAAUUAUCACCAAUGCAUCCACGAUUUCUAGAGCCACUUCCUUAAGUACCCUGGGAUGCAGACCAUUAGGCCCUGGGGAUUUGUCAGCCUUCAGUCCAAUCAGUCUACCCAACACCAUUUUCUGACUAAUGUGAAUUUCCUUUCGUACCUCCAUCACCCUAGGUCCUCUGUCCCCCAGUACAUUUGGGAGAUUGUUUGUGGCUUCCUUAGUGAAGACAGAACCAAAGUACCUGUUCAACUAGUCUGCCAUUUCCUUGUUCCCCAGAAUAAAUUCACCUGUUUCUGUCUUCAAGGGACCCACAUUGAUCUGCUUGAAGCUGAGCUCCAGCUACCAACCCAGGUUUGCAUUGGAAUACAGUGACCAGCACCUGAGUAAUCUCUGCCUUUACAUCCCUCAUUAAUGUGACAUCCAUCCUAUCUAAAAUGGUUACCCUCAUGCUAAGACUGUUAGCCUUUCUUCAGGAACAGAUUCAGAUGAGUUUAUUGGCAUAUGCACCUGGAUGCAAUGACAUUUCUUCUCCUCAUAAAGAUCAUAGGGUCCACAGUAGAUACAACCAUAAAUUAACCACAAAUGCAAGACAGGGAAUUGGUGCAAGGGUUGCCAUGCAAUCUGACCCCUUUCUAACCAAAGGGCAUUCAGUUCCUCGCAGCAUCCUUAUUUACAAUGUCUUUGGUAAACCCCUCUCCUUGAUAGUCAGUUUGCAUACAAGAAGCUCUGACCAGCCGCAAAGUGAUAAGGUUCUGACAAUCUGUUUCAGCAAUGUUGACACUGCUACGAACGGCUCUUCUUCAAUACAGGAUUGUGACAUCUUUCACAUCCACCUUAUGGAGCACUUGUUUAAUUUCUCAUCUUGCCACAGUACUGUGUUCUUUCAGCAUUACAAGCAGUGUCAGCCUAGAUUACAGGUAUCAGUUUGUCCCCAGCUUCUGCCACAGACGCAAGAAAGCUAAUACUGGGUUAGCAUGUCCGCCAAGUCCUAUGCCUCCUCCAGCAAUAUGCUUUAUUUCUGGUCCUUACUCACACCCACUUCUAACACAAAGCCUAAACAGUUUAAAGAAGACCUUUAGAUGUUACUGUAUUAGCUGUGUGUAUUUAACAACUUCCCUCUACAAAUCAGUACAGAAAUAUAAAACUACAAAUGGUGUCAGUGUAUAAUUAUUCAUUUGGUCGUGAGGGCCGUGGCCAGGAUUGGUUUUCAGGUGACGUUCCUUCCUUAUCUUUGCGCGGUUAUCUGCGCGGCAAUCACUCUCCCAUGUCAUUGUCUGCUCUGAUAUCACUGCUCUUCCAUCCUUUUGUUUGGAACAGUUAGCGAGGGUUUCUGGAGAGCAGACAUGCCUCUGAGGCGAAUCUUCCAAAGGAUUGUGGCGUGACAAGCUGUGUGAAGAUUCCAAUGUGAGGUGGAUUAAUGAAGCUGCAGCAAUGGGAUGCAGUUCAUCUGCUGCUAUAGAGAGGCAGUCACAAAAGUUGGACGAAGACAUUAAGGCCGCCACACUUAUUCAGCAGUGGUAUCGUGGUCAUUCUGCACGGAUGGAGAUGAAACAGCGUUACACAUGGAGCAUUUUUCAAUCCAUUGAGAAUGCUGCAGAUCAGGACCAACUGCAGCUGUCGCAGUUCUUCACUUUUCUGAUGGACUAUUAUAUCCAUCAUUGUGCAGAUAUGAAAACGACAAAAUACAGUGUAUUUUCCCAACUAUUACAACCAUCACAGGGUUCGAGUGACAGGAAAGCGUUAGACCCCAUGCCAGAAGUUGCCAAAGUUCCCAGUUCCUAUACGGGACCACGAAUUGUGUUUCCUCUUAAAGCUUCAGAUGUCAGUACUUUGCUGAAAGCAUUCAAACAAGGGAAACAGCUUCACAGUUGGUAUAUGCUACAGCUUCUGCAGGCGACCAAGAACAUUUUGAAAACAAUGCCAAACAUUAACCAACUUUCAACCCAUUACUCCAAGGAUAUAACAGUUUGUGGAGAUUUACAUGGGCACCUGGAUGAUCUGCUUCUAAUAUUCCACAAGAAUGGCUAUCCUAUGCCAGGGAACCUGUACGUGUUUAAUGGAGACUUUGUUGACCGAGGGGAAAGUUCCGUGGAGGUUGUAGUUAUCCUGUUUGCAUUUUUACUGGUCUAUCCAAAAGAUGUCCAUUUAAACAGAGGAAAUCAUGAAGAUUAUGUUAUGAAUAUAAGGUAUGGUUUUAAAAAAGAAGUUUUGCGUAAGUACAGGUUACAAGGGCAAAAAGUCCUUCAGGCGUUCCAAGAUGUGUUCAGAUGGCUGCCACUGGCAACAAUUAUUGACUCAAGGGUGCUGGUGGUCCAUGGUGGGAUCUCGGACACAACUGACCUGGGGUUCCUGGCUUCAUUACAAAGACAUAGGUUUAAAUCUCUACUCAGGAUGCGUAAAACUAUAUCAAAGGCUGAAGAAGCCUGUUUAAAGCAAGAAUUAUCAAAGAUGCUUGGCAGUGAACUGCCGCUGGAUGACCCUAACUACAAUAAAUCGACACCUGGAAUAGCAGCAUCUUCAUCAUCUCUCUCGAUGCCAACUUUAAGUGAAUCUCAAAGUGAUCAACAAAGCUUGAUUGAUGAUGGCAUAUUUACAAACUAUUCAGAGCAUCAGCUGACUCAGAAUGAUAAGUACAGUGUCACCGGAGUUUUAGACCUGCCCUUCCUGGAUGACGAGAUGGCAACGAGAGAAGAGCUGGAGUGGAAGCAGAUUGCAGACAUUCUUUGGAGUGACCCUAGAAGCAAAUCUGGUUGCUUCCCCAAUUCAAGCCGAGGAGGAGGCUGUUACUUUGGUGAAGAUGUCACAACAAAGUUGUUCAGAAAGUACAAGUUAAAGUUACUCAUAAGAUCACAUGAGUGCAAACAAGAUGGCUAUGAAAUGUGCCACCAUGGAAAGGUUAUCACCAUAUUUUCUGCCUCUAAUUAUUAUGAAAUAGGCAGCAAUCAAGGAGCAUAUGUCAAACUUGGUCCUGAUUUGGUUCCUCGCUUUGUCAAAUAUCGGGUUAAUAAAUCUGCAAGGAAGCUGACUCUUAAACAAAGAGUGAGUGUCGCUGAAGAAACUGCCCUGAAAGCGUUGCGUGAAAAUCUGUUUAUAUAUCAAUCUGAAAUUAUUACUGCCUGCAGAAGCUUCGAUCCGGGUAAUACAGGGGGGAUUUCAUCCAGUGAAUGGGCCUCGGCUGUGGAAUCGGUUCUACAUUUAAAUCUACCCUGGAGGACCUUGCAGCCUAGACUGGCAAAGAUCAAAGCUAAUGGAAGUGUGGAUUACCUCUCCACCUUUCGAGAUCUUCAGUUCAAGCAACCCCUGAGCGAGGCUCAGCCAGGUUUGAUUGAAGCCGUGUACAGGCAUCGUGCAGAUCUGGAAAUCGUUUUUGGAAUGAUUGAUAAAGAUCACACAGGAUUGAUCACCAUGGAGGAAUUCCAGCAAACCUGGAAACUCUUCUGUUGCCAUAGAAACAUCCGUGUGGAUGAUAAGUCAAUGGAUGACCUGGCCCGGAGCAUUGACUUCAACAAUGAUGGCUUCAUAGACUUCAAUGAAUUUCUGGAGGCAUUCCGCUUGGUGCAGAUAGACAAUGAAUGAAAUUGUACAGUGACUGUAAAUACUGAGGAAGAGCAAUUGCCUGAAAAACAGUUUGCCGAACUUCAGAUUUAGUCCCUUUGACAUUUUCAAGUUAAUGUAACUGUAAUAUAAAUAUAAUUCUUGUAAUAAAAAGGUUGAUUCAGUUCCAGAAUAUCUCCACGUUCUGCUGUUCUCCGUCUAAUCAAUGUACACUUGGAAAACAUUCACAACAACAUGCAGAGAGAACUGUGCGCGCUUCUAUUGGUUUUUCGCCAAUUGUCUGUGGUACGAGUGAAUAUUGAAGACUAUCCAAGUCUAUCUAACCUCUCCCUGUAGUUUAAACCAUCUAAUCCAGGGAGCAUUCUAGUAAACCUCCUCUGCGCCCUCUUCAAAACCUACACAUUUUUCCUGUAAUGGGGUGCCAAAACUGCACACAAUACUCCAAAUGUAGUCCAACCAAGGUCCUGUUAAAACUGCAUUAUGACUUCCUGGCUCUUGUAUUCAAUGCCCAUAGCUUUGAUGCAAACCAUAUGCAUCCUUUACAAUCCUAUGUACUUGUACUGCCACCUUCAGUGUACUAUGAACUUGGACACCAAGAUCCCUCUGCACAUCCAUAGUAGGCUGGGAUCUCAAGCAGAAACAAUGGGGGAACUUUCAUUGAGAAAUUGGGUAAAUACUUGAACAGGGGAAAUUCACAGCACUCUUAGGAAAAAGCAGUGCAGAGCAACCAACUGAAGAGGUGGCAGCUACUGGCCUCGGCAACUUCUCUGCAUCGUAAAUGAUGUUGAUUAAAAUAUAGGACAGCGGUUCAUGAGGACGGGGGCGGUUGAGCUUUUAGUCCUCAGAAACGGGAGGGGGUGAUUCUGAUCAGUUUGUGAAUGGAGCCUCUUGAGGGCCGAGCAUAUUUGUGGGAAGGGCAUGUUUGUGGGUGGAAUAUGUGGAUAGAGCUUCUUUAGGGGAUGGGACUUGUUUUUGAAUGGGAUCUUUUAUUUUUAUGGAUAGAGCCACUUUGGGCGGGGCGACCUGUUUAACGGAGACUGGCGACCUUGCUGCACCCACCUCCCCAGGUCCCAUGGCCCCCGAGGCUUUGAUGCUGGUGACCAGAUGCUUGCAGCCCAAGGCUGGGACAUCCCAGGAGCUCCUGGAUCAGUGGACACGACCUUGUCGCUGGGUAAAAUGCGCAGUACCAGCCA